UUUAUUGAUGCACAUUGUAAUUGAAUACUAUUUUUAAACAGGUCAUGGUAACCAAUGUGACCUCUUUGCUGAAGACAGUAAAGGCAGUUGAAGAUGAACACACCAGAGGAACAAGAGCUCUGGAGGCCACAAUUGAAGCCAUUGCACAAGAGAUCAGGGCCUUUGAUUCUGAUGAGGCUCCAAAGACCAAGGCCACCCCAGAAGACUUGGUGCGCUGCACAAAGCCUAUUACUCUUGCAACUGCCAAGGCUGUUGGAGCUGGAAACAGCCUCAAGCAGGAAGACGUCAUUGUGGCUGCCAAUAUGGGUCGCAAGGCUAUUUCUGAUAUGCUAACAACGUGCAAGGCUGCUGCAUGGGGAGCAGAAACUGUGGAACUUCGCUCGAAGGUGUUGACCUCAGGACAUGACUUAGCCCUCCAGUAUCGUGAAUUGCUGCAGAUGGUCAUGCAUCUUAUUCACAAGCCAAGUCCCGAGGCCCGCAAUGCCCUGAGCACAGUCUCUCGCAAGAUUGCUCAGUGCGUCACAGAUUUGGUCUCUACAUCAGAGGCUUUGAAAGCCCACUUCAAAUGGCACGAGGUCGGCGUGAGUCCGCCCAGUGGUCAUGACUGGGAAGAUCCUGAUGAUCCAACUGUUAUUGCUGAGAAUGAACUCAUUGGUGCUGCCAAUUCCAUUGAUGCUGCUGCUCGGAAGCUGAUGGCCCUAAGGCCUCGCCGCACCGAGACAAAGGAAAUUGAUGAAUCUAUGAACUUUGAUGAAAUCAUCUUGGAGGCCUGUAAAUCAAUUGCAGCAGCCACAGGAGCUCUCGUAAAGGCUGCUUCUUCAGCACAACGUGAGCUUGUUGAUUCCGGAAGAGUUAGGCGUCGUCCCACAGUCACUUCUGAUGAUGGGCAGUGGUCUGAGGGAUUGGUUUCUGCUGCUCGUCUUGUGGCCGCAGCCACGCAUUCUCUGUGUGAAGCUGCUAAUGCACUAGUCCAAGGACAAGCUAGUGAAGAGAAGCUGAUCUCAGCUGCAAAGCAAGUGGCUGGCUCAACUGCUCAGUUGCUUGUAGCAUGUAAAGUAAAGGCUGAUCCAGACUCAAAUGCCACCAAGCGUUUGCAGGCUGCAGGAAAUGCAGUUAAGCGAGCCACAGACAACUUGGUAAAGGCUGCACAGCAGGCCAUUGAACAUGAAGAAGAGUUCACUGUAGUUGUCAAAAAUCGUCUUGUUGGUGGUAUGGCCCAGGAGAUUGAUGCCCGAGAACAGGUCCUGAAAGUAGAGAGAGAACUUGCAGAGGCCAGAGCCAAGUUAUUAGCUAUCCGUCGUCAGAAGUAUGGAAAGGAUGGCAAUGAAUCAGGACUUUCAGAUACUGAUGGAUAUCUCUCUGGUUACGAUUCCUCCCAUGAAAAUUCUGGUGUCAUCACUACCACUCGUGCUGUAAAAGUUACAUGCAAGUAUCCGGAUCCCCCACAAACAAGGUCACCAAACCUCUCCCACACCACAUCAUUCAACCCGAGCCCCAUCCGCAGCCAUCUUACUUCACACCAAACAUCUCAGUCUUUCAACCAGUCACAUUUCCAGUCAAAUGGAGGAUCAGCUGAUAAUUCAUUCAAUCUGUCUGGAGCCAGCGAUGGUGGUGCAGAGUUUGAUGAUGGACCUACAUUCAAGGAAGCCCUUAGAGCAUUCCAGAACAAAGGAACUGGUUCAGCUAGCUCCUCUGCCAAUACCUCCUUGAACAGAUCCAGCAGAACUUCCACUCAGAGUGCCCAGCAGAUUCUGUCAAGCUCAACUCAGCGUAUUGAGCGCACCAUGCACAUGACCAGCUCAAACAGAAGCUAUCAUGUAGAGGAGAGCUGAAACAAGAUACCAAAUGCAUUUACUGUGUUAGGUGUUAGGUAGAUCUUCCCAGCCUGGUUAGGAUUGCAUUGCUUACAUUAUUGUCUCUGAAGAAAUCUAUUUUGUGUAGACAGACAUUAAAUUUACUGAAUAUUAUAUAUCAGCAUGUAUACAGGUGCAGUAAUUUGAGUUCAUUGUCAGGCUUCAUGUCGCUUUCACCCAUGUGCUUUUAUGUCUGCGUGCAAGUUAGGUAAGAAUUUUAAGUCCUGAACUACAGGUGCCUUUAAAUGUCCAUCCACAGGCAUCCACUCUUGGAUGUAUGGAGGAAACGGACUCCAGCCUUAUCACAUAAUAUUAUCCAGUUUCAAUUUAUAAUUUUUUAAGGUUAUUGUAUUUCUCCCAUUGCUUUAAAUCAAACUAGAUAGUUAUUAUGGGGAAAAUACAACUGAAAGAUAAUGCUUAUUGAUUAUAAUUAAUAUAUUGAAUCCUAUAUUUAGAAAUAAGUAAUCCUUUUAAUAACAGAUAAACCAAAUAAUAAAAUGUUAAAUUGGAAUGUUCUUUAAAAGUUUAAACCAUUCAGCCUAGAAUGUUUCACAACUUAUCCCAUAGAUGUAAAUGAAUAACAGCUGACAUGCUUACAUUUUGGUUACUGAAUUAACAUUUUGGUGCUGAAAAAUUUCUUAUAUUAGUCACAUAAAACAUAUCAUGAUGUACAGUUGUAAUGUAUGCUAUUGUAAUGUAGCUUAGUACAAAGAGGGUAAAUAAGAGGGAGGGGGAAUUCUUAUGAAAUAGAAGAUUUAUAGGUUAUUUAUUGUUUAUUAACAUGAUAGAGCUUCUUAAAUGUCAUGUAAUCAAUAUUACUUACUGCUUUUAGAAUUUGUAGGGGAAAGUUGCAGUGAUUGAUAUCUCUUCUUUUUAAGGCAUGAAAAAUAUGUAUACUUACAUGUAUACUUACAUUCUCCCUCUCUCUGUGCACUGCCCACCACCUUGUUCUUGCGAGCCCACUCCAGUAAAUCCGUCGCAAAAGAAACAGUGCCUAGGGUCAGAAGGCCCUUGUGUCUUACCGUCUAACAUGUAACAUAUAAUAAAAGUGUGUAUGCAAGUCCUGCUUUUAAAAACACCUUAAAAAUCUUAUAGUUCUUAUCUUUUUUUUUUUUUUUUUUUUUUUUUUUGAUUGGCUGCAUUUGGUUUUAUUUUGUCCUCAAAACAGAAUAUGUAUCCUUAAUUCUGUGCUUUUAAAUCCUUCUCAAAUGACCUUGAAGUCUUCCCAUUACACUGUGCUUAGAGUUGGCUUGAAUAUGAAGUAGACCUCAAAGCACUCCAGAACUUGAACUUAACAUAUUUUAACCUUUAACAUGUUAUGUACUGCCUUCUCUAUAUUUGCCAAUACUCAGAGAUUGAAACUAUUUCCUACCUUUAAAAUUAUAUUUAUAUAUUUGCUUGAUAUAUAACCUUGAAUUAUGGAAGAUCUAGAAAAAAUUUCUUUAUAUCUGUUUGAUGGACUCUGAUGGAAUAUUAAGGUAUCUUUCUUCAUCAUAAAGUACUGUCAACUCCUAACGACUACGCAGUGACCAGGAUACAAACAUGCACAGUGGAUGAUUUUUUUCAGAUUCUAAAAUAAAAUUACAUUAACUGUA